AUGAACUAUAAGGAGCUACUGAAAGAAGCACAAGUACAUGGUGUAAAGAAACUCGCUGCAUCAAGUCAUAGAUGGCAAUGGGCACUGGCACUGUUCGCCCUCUUUUUCUGUUGUAAUGUCGUUCUGUGGAUAUGGGUACAACGCUAUGAAGAUAAUCCUACAUUUGUCGUAAAAAUAGGCUCUCAGAUCGCAAACAAACCUUUUCCUGCAGUUGUUAUAAGUCCAGUAGUUACAUUCCCUGAACAUAGAAUCGAUGCCUUUAUUAAGAAACUCGAUUAUCCUUCUGGUUUUAAUGAAACUUAUACACGAAAAGUGAUACAACAGUUAGGAGCAUUUUUUUCACCCGACGUACCAUAUAAAUUGGCGGAUUUACAUAACAUUGAAACUAUUCUUGAGUACAAUGGUUUGGAUGUUGAAGCGUCUGGAAUUAAGCUGACGGAAUCGUGUGAAGAAACUAUUACACGAUGUCGCUGGCGCGGAAGAAUUGUGAAGUGUACAGAUAUUUUCGAAAUGGAACUGACGGUGUACGGAUUUGGCUGCGUUUUUAAUGGUCGCUCUUUGAAAAGGGAAAUGAAAGACGUUCAUUUACAACGGAAAACACCUGCGCGGAAAUGGUAUGGAAGUUCAGGUUUCACCAGUGCUCUCAUGUUAGUCAUCAACCAAAGUCUGGCGACACCAUUUGAUAUAAAUCUUUCUUAUAAAUGGUUGUCUUUAAAAGGCGGUCAUCGGUAUGUAGAUUUAUCAAUUAAUGGAACACCUAUCACACCCGGAACGGAACUAUUCGUUGGUUACAGCACAGUGGGCCUUCAAAUAGGUGAAGAAACAUUGACCUUACAAAAAGAUCUGCGACGCUGCCGCACGACUGAUGAGUCUUUAAAAUAUUUUCCUGUUUAUAAUAGAAAAUUCUGCAUUAUGGAACGCGAAAUAAAAAGAACUUUCAAGAAAUGUGGGUGUUCGCAAGUAGUACAUCCGCGUAUACCUGGGGUCCCUGUUUGUCGCGCUCGGCAACUGCAGUGUGCUAGACAUACUACAGUUUCGUACGGUGAAUACGAUGAUCACUGUCCAAUGACCUGUGAUACGGAAGUGGACUACUUCACGGCUGCAGCUUACAAUCUGGACCCAAAGUCUUCUCCUUAUGACAACUUUUACGAUGACUUGGAUUAUACUAAGGUCAGCAUAGUAAGGGUGUACGUAAUGAACCGCAACACAAAGAUGUUUUCCCGAAGGCCAUACUUUACACGAUUUGAAUUAUUUGCUCAACUUGGCGGAAUCUACAACGUGUUCUUCAGCUGCAGUGUACUUUUGGUACUUGAGCUGGUUCUGCUUAUGUGGUAUAGAUUAAAGACAUGGAUUUCAUCUACAAGAACAUAA